AUGCUACAGAAUUUUCUGCCCCAUAAAAUUGCAGACAUUUACAACAUAACCUAACCAGUGAACUAUAUCAAUACCGAAUCAUACUAAAGUUUAUAUAGUAUCUUGUUCAUCUAACAAUUUCCGUUAUUUAACAUGAGUGACGAUGAAGAUUUGCUUCUUAACGAAGACAAAGAUCAAGAUCAAAUCAGGACGGAGCUUUCCCAGAUGAGUUUCGAAGAUUUGCAGAAACUUAAAGAGAAGUUGGGAACUAAAGUCUAUAACGAAGCAUUGUUCGGUUCGCGUAAAGUUAGAAAAGUCGAUUUCAAACGGGAAAAUAAGAACAGACCCCGGGAAAUGUCUGCGAAGAAGCCUGUGUCUCGAUUUAGGGAAAUUGUGCAAAUAAAAAAAAAUAUACCAAGAGAUCCCAGGUUCGACGGUCUCUGCGGUACGUUCGAUCAAAAGGAGUUUAAAAAGGCUUACGGAUUUCUCACCGACGUGAAGAAGAAUGAUUUACAAAAAUUGAAGAAACAAUUAACGGAAACAGAGGAUCCAAAAGUAAUAAAGAAGAUUAAAUAUCUUAUUCAACGACUGGAAAAUCAAUUACGCGAAGAGCAGAGGCGAGAUCACCAAGAGGAAAAGAAGAAUCAAGACAAGACAGAGAUAGUAGAAGCCAUUAAACGGGGUGAAAAGCCUGUUUUCAAAAAGAAGACUGAGAGAAAAGUUUUGGAUUUAGUUUCUCAAUACGAGGAGCUGAAAACUUCUGGUAAAUUGAAGAAGCACAUUCAAAGGUUGCGCAAGAAGAAUCUACACAAGGACCGACAGAAACUAGCGUCAUCGGAAAUCGAUUGAAAACAACAACGGACUAUACGUGAAAUUAAAAUUUAUAUGAAUAAAUUCUAACUGUAAUUAUUAUAAGGUGUACAUAAGCGUAAUAAAUACUACUUGGACAGUUAAACUAAGCUUCUUUUCUCUCGCUCGACUUCGAUAUUCACCUUACGUUAUGUUUGCGUACCGUGGAAGUACCGAACGGAUAGGUAGAAUAAAGAGGUCUUUAUUAAUUAUGUAUUUUUUAUUUAACAUCAAAAGUAAUGACACUUGGGUUGGACAAUGUCUCUCGUUUCUUCCUUAAUGUAUUUCACGUGUGAAAACAGAACUUACAGAAUAAUCAAUAUGAAAGGAAUCGUCAAUCAGAAGAGAUAGUUGGUAGAGCGGUGUACGUUUUUAUCUCUGAGCGUGUGUGUUUAUACGUGUGUUUCUCUAUAUGUCGCACGUGUUCUUCGGAGCGCGUGACCGCGUGUGUGUGUGUGUGUGUCUGUCCUGUGUGUAUGUACGCGUGUAGAGUGUAUUAUGCGGCGCUAAAACGAAGAACAGAAAAAAGAGUACAGGGGACCCGUACGCAAAAGGCGAUCCCCUUUAAGCGGAGCGCCUUCUCGUGGGUCACCAUUCACGCGCGAUCUGUUUGUCCGUCUUCAAUUAUUUAAAAUAUGUACAAUAUUAAUAAAACAUCAUUCAUUAUUUUUUUUUUUUGUUUGUUUGUUUAUAUUUUAAUCAUUCAAUGAUUCUGUCGUGGUGUGGCGGGCUGUGCAGGGGCGACGUUCCACGGAAUUCUCGUGACCACCCGUUGUCUCUUUCGUUUCCCAACCGAAUAUGUUCGAUUUCUUCCAUAAUUCUUUCUCGUUUUAUCGAUUUCUUUUUUUUUUUUUUCGUACAUCGCCAAUUGAGUUUCGAUCGCGGUCAAACGAAAAGGCGAAGGACCCGUAUGAAAG